AAUGUGGUAAUACUAAUAACUCUCACGUUGCAUUCUUUGUAUCAUCUCUACGAACUUGGACAAGUUUGAAAUGUGCAUGUACAGUUAGUUCUGUGUUAGCAUUGUCAAUAUGUUUUCUGCUGAGAUGCAUGAGAAAGCUGCAAAUAUUGGGUGGGUUAUGAGGUCAAAUAACCCCAAGGUUCAAUGGUGGUUUAAGAUACUGACGAUGGCUCUUUUACUUAGAUUCUUGAUUGUAUGGUCAUUUUAUGGUGUGAACGUGGGUAAUUUUCAGAGAGAUUUUGUUCUGUUGAAGGUGAAUAGUUCAGGAAAGUUUAGUCCUACCUUUAAAGAUUUCAGCUUUACCAAUAUUUCUCUUAGAUCCCAUUCUGUAAAUACUCACCAGAAUCUGAACCAAGAUUUUGGCCGAGAAACUUUACCUCCUAAAGUUGAACCUCAACAGAUUAUUUUGACUGAGAAUCAAGGUAAUGCACCUGAUUUCAGUCUUGAAAUAGUGACAAAUGUGUCACAUAAGGAACCAGAAUCGGUAGAGGUUUCAAGGCCGAGAGUUCAUAGGUGGAUUUCAGGUGAAUUAGAGGCAAACUAUUCAUCAAAUCUUCUUACUAAUUGGUUGGCUCCCGGAGGUGAGCCAUGUAAGGAAUCAAGAACUGUGGAUGUAAAGAUUCCAGCUUUGGAUGGUCGCGAAAACGUUGAAUUGUCAACAGGGGAUAUUCACGAGUUUGUUUUCCAUGCAUUGGAUGAUUCUGCGAAACCCCAUUGUUUGGGUGGUGAUUAUUUUGAGACUGAUCUUGCUGGUGAAACAUGGAAGUCUAGGCCACCCAUUAAAGAUUUAGGCAAUGGUACUUACCAGUUUUCCCUGCAAGUCCAUCCUAAUUUUGCUGGGGAUUACAAUCUUACCGUCAUUCUACUAUUUCGACAUUAUGAAGGCUUGAAGUUUUCGCCUGAAAGAUUUGCAUAUGACAAGGUUCUCCGCGUGAUCCCAGUCAAGUUCUCCAAAUCCUCUGUUGAAUUACCUGAAAUAUCUCAAUGCAAGAAGUCAGAUCUUGUUAGAGAUGUGUGGUCUGGUCGAUGGACUCGUCAUGCUAAGAAUAAUAGCUGCCCAAUUAGCAAUGACGGGCGAUACAGAUGCCAAGAACCAAAUUUCCCAUGCCAAAAACCAUGGUGUGAUGGACCAUUGGGGUUGUUGGAGAGCAAUGGUUGGGUAUAUUCAACACAUUGUUCAUUCAAGAUGUUCUCAAGUGAAGAAGCCUGGAAUUGUUUGAAGGAUCGCUGGAUUUUCUGGUGGGGUGAUUCGAAUCACUGUGACACAGUGAGAAACAUCCUUAAUUUCAUUUUAGAUGUGAAUAAUAUGAAGGAUGUCCCAAGAAGAGUUGAUAUGAACAUCAGCAACCCGAGGAAUCCAUCACAAGCAGUUCGAUUUACUAACAUUUACAACGGGCAUCCUAACGAGACAGGCAAGUAUCGAGGCUUGAAUUCGUUGGCAGAUGCUGACUAUAGAGAACUUCUGAAAGGGUACUUCUCUGGAAAUGUUAUUCCAGACGCUAUAAUCAUGAAUUCGGGCUUACACGAUGGAGUGUAUUGGUCUAGCCUUAGGCAUUUCAUUAAAGGCACCGACUAUGCUGCAUCAUUCUGGGCUGAGUUAUUGAAUGGGGUAAGGCAGAGAGGGUUGACACCACCAGAAGUCAUAUAUAGGACCACAGUCACCACAGGCGGAUACGCUAGAAGAUUGGCAUUCAAUCCAAAUAAAAUGGAGGCGUUCAAUUGGGUAGUCCUGGAUAAGUUGAGGGCAUACGGUUUAGUUGAUCGCGUAAUUGAUGAUUUUGACAUGACUUAUCCGUGGCACUAUGACAAUCGAUGCAAUGACGGGGUGCAUUAUGGCCGUGCUCCUGCCAAGCUGAAGUGGAGGGAUGGCCAGAUUGGGCACCAGUACUUUGUGGACCUCAUGCUUGGUCAUGUACUGCUCAAUGCAUUAUGUGCACGAUAGAAGGUGGCUAGUGGUGAUGGUAAACGUUGCAUUAUCUCUGGUUUCAAGCGUUUGGAUGGUGCAUUUCAAGCUGGGCUGAUAGAUUUUUGCGAGAGGAAAAGGGGGUGAGAGUAGGGUGAAAGAAGUUUGGUGCUAUUUUUGAUCUAUCUAUCUGUAUUUUACUGUCAUUAUGUUUGCUGAAACUACUUCCACGUUGUAGUCAUCUCCAGGUCUAGUGCCAAUACUAAAGGUUAUAUAGGGGAA